ACACACUGUCAUCCAGACUGUGUAAAAAUAUUCAAUUCAUAAAAAGCGUAAACAAAACAGAAACGAAAAUGCGCCGCCGUGAAUUACAAACUAUACAGUUAAAACUGUCAGAGCUUAAGGAAUACGAGCAAGCCAAGAUAGACCGCGCCAAGGCACGCGAACAAGCAUCGCCACGCACACCAACGCCAACUUCAGAUAGCGAUAUAUUGGUGCUCCCCAGCACCAGCGUGCCGGCUGUCAUUUUGGCCAACAAUGAAGAGAAAACCGAGGCAAAAACAAAGGCUAGCGCUAGUUGAAACGAGAUGAAAACUCUGCGUUUAUAUUAAAAGCACUGCAGGGAUAUUGGAGAAUCAAACAAAUACUGACGACGGGUAGUACUCCGAUUAAACUAUUAGAACUUAAGUAAAGGUAUUAAACACUAAAGCACUUGCACUUUCAUUUAAAUCAUUAAUGCUCAUAAUUGUAGUUAAUAAAAAGAGAAACACAAGUAGUACAAAUAUUUCAAAUUUAACGAUUUUAUCUGACGAUCUGAACGCUUCGAUGACCAAUUGUCGACUGAGCCCAAAGAGGGAGCGAGAGAAUUAAGACUUGGCAC